ACUAAAUAUUUCGAGUUUCGUGUUAAUUGCAAUGGUUGCUCUUCCCAUGCUGUCAGCGGUGUCGGCGGCCCUGCUGGUCCUCGCUGCCUUGUCGUCGCCUACCUCCGCUCGCUCCCUCGACGCGUCUCCUUCGUCUGCGUCCUCGGGGAACCACGGCCUCAGCAAGCGCUCUCUCUUCGACCCGGCGUGCACCGGCAUCUACGACCGGCAGCUGCUGGGGAAGCUGGGGCGCCUGUGCGACGACUGCUACAACGUGUUCCGGGAGCCCAAAGUGGCCACGGGGUGCAGGAGUAACUGCUACUACAACCUCAUCUUCCUCGACUGCCUGGAGUACCUGAUCCCCAGCCACCUUCAGGAGGAGCACAUGGCGGCCCUGCAGACCGUCGGCAAGUAAAGCAUUUCCCGGAACCGCCCCUCCUCGACGUCGUCUGCGAACGGCCCGGAUUCACGAACGGCUUCAAGCAGGUCGCUCUGGUUUGCUUUCGUGUGAGUCGAAGCUCGGACGCCCGCUGCUCUUAUUUCAUUUGAUGCUUGCGGUUGACUGCCUUGGUUAGGCCGAUGCUGCUCUGUUGCUGGAGGAGGAGAUGGCGUUCCUGUGUCUCGUUUUGGGUUGUAUCAAGGCCUUUUUGACUCCAAUAAACUUUUCAAACUUG